GCAAGAGAAGGGAAUUAAGGAGUCUGUUUGAGCCAUCAGGAGUCGAAAGACACGCCUCGUUGGCCAGGAGGGUUUGGAGCAGUUGGACCAGGCGCAUCAGCAGGAGAGGGGAGUGUACCAACAGGACUCUUAGUGACGCUGCCUCCUGAUCCCUCACAGUCUCUUGCACCACACUCCACUCUGAGGUCACCUGUUCCCACAGCAAGCAAGCAAGCAAGCAAGCAAGCAGCACCGCCACAGCUGAUUCAGGUGUGCGUUGCAUCCCAUUGCAAGAGGGGGAAGAGAACGAGAAGAGACGCAUUUUUGCCGAAACCUCAGGACGUGUAGGAUUUUAGCCGGGGAAGCUUGCAGCCAUGGGAGCCGGUGGAAGUGCCGAGGACAAGAAGUCCAAAGAGCUUGAGAAGCAGCUGGCCGAGGAAGCAGACAAGGAGUCCAAGACAGUCAAGCUGCUGCUGCUGGGUGCUGGUGAGUCUGGGAAGAGUACCAUUGUCAAGCAGAUGAAAAUUCUUCAUCAAGGUGGUUAUACGAAAGAAGAGCAAAUGGAGUUCAGGGCCGUCAUCUACGGUAACAUCCUGCAGUCCGCCCUGGCCAUCAUCAGAGGCAUGGAGAUGCUCACCAUCAACUUUGGCUCCUCAGCUGCACAGGAAGAUGGCCAGAAACUCCAGAACCUGUCUGACUCCACCGAGGAGGGCACCAUGCCUCCUGAGUUGUCGGACGUCAUCAAGAGACUCUGGGCGGAUUCCGGCGUGCAGGCUGCCUUCGAGAGAGCCGCUGAGUUCCAGCUGAACGACUCUGCAGGAUAUUACCUGGCAGAUCUGGACCGAAUUGCUUCACCAGACUACCUCCCCAACGAGCAGGACGUGCUGCGUUCUCGAGUCAAGACCACUGGUAUCAUCGAGGAAAACUUUAACUGCAAAGAGCUGUGCUUCAGGAUGUUCGAUGUGGGUGGCCAGAGGUCAGAGAGGAAGAAGUGGAUCCAUUGUUUCGAGGGUGUAACUUGCAUCAUCUUCUGCGGAGCCCUCAGCGCCUACGACAUGGUGCUCGUGGAGGAUGACGAAGUGAACCGCAUGCACGAAUCCCUCCAUCUAUUCAACAGCAUCUGCAACCACAGAUUCUUUGCCACCACCUCCAUUGUGCUUUUCCUCAACAAGAAAGAUCUUUUCGAGGAGAAGAUCAAGAAGGUCCAUCUCAGCAUCUGCUUCCCUGACUAUGAUGGCCCCAAUACAUUCGAUGACGCCGCCAAUUACAUCAAGCAGCAGUUCCAGGACCUGAACAUGAAGAAGGGAGUCAAGGAGAUCUACGCCCACUUGACCUGUGCCACCGACACAAAGAACGUGGAAAUCGUGUUCAACGCUGUGACAGACAUUAUCAUCAAAGAAAACCUUAAGGACUGUGGUCUGUUCUAAGCAGUUCGUCGACAGGAGAGAAAAAAAGGGUAAGCCGAGUUGACACAGCAUUCUGUAGCGAUUGCUGGUGAGCUGAAGCUGAACCCGCAUUCUGUAACACUAUCCAACGCUAUGGCAACUGUAGUUAUGGUUCCAUUCUCUAAUGACUAGCAAAGUAAUGGAGACCAGCUUUGACCAAGCUCAGGGAAACAGACCACUGGAAAUCUAAUUUAGAACAGAGAGGUCACACUCUGCUCCCCCAUCCCACCAAGAAGCAUCAUCGUGUCAUACAGUCUUGUCAUCGGU